CUGAUUUCUAAAAUUCUCAAUACCAGAAGAGAAGAAUGAAUCAUCCCUGAUGCAAAGAAUUCGAUGGAUAUUCACGGCAUACAAUUAGCUCAUAGCGGCAGGCAACGACUAGAACAUAGAUGCAAAUGGGCCAAGCUUCAAAGAGAGGAAGAACAUCGAGAGGAGCAGUAGAACUUCCGAAAAGAAGGCACAGCAUAUGAUUCGUCAUUGUACAUAACACUACUCUUCCUCGACGAACGAAGAGUGCUGUUGUUCCCUCGUUUCGAAUUGCAGCUCAGGAAGAGCGCAUAGGACGGAAAGCACGGAACAGGAGCAAGAUUAACAGUUGUGAUCUUAACACAGUGGAAAUUUUAUUUGGUGCUGGAGGUCUAAAGAAAGGCGAUCCUUACCUGUCUGUGAUGGAAGAAUUUGUUGUGGCCACCUCUAAUGGGCAGCCUUCUCCUCCGUUCAAGCACUUACACACGCGAGAGUAUUUGGGACACAAAAAGAAGGUGCACUCAGUCGCAUGGAAUUGCCAGGGAAAGAGGCUUGCCUCAGGCUCCGUAGAUCAGACAGCUCGUAUCUGGCACAUUGAGCUCCAUGGCUCGAGUAAAGCGAAGGAUAUGGAGCUGAAAGGGCAUACUGACAGCGUGGAUCAGCUUUGCUGGGACCCAAAACACGCUGAUUUGCUCGCUACUGCUUCAGGAGAUAAAACUGUUCGUCUUUGGGAUGCCCGCACCGGAAAAUGCUCGCAGCAAGUGGAGCUAAGCGGUGAAAACAUCAACAUAACAUUCAAGCCAGAUGGGAGUCAUAUCGCAGUUGGCAACAGAGAUGACGAGCUUACGAUCAUUGACGUGAGAAAGUUUAAGGCUAUCAACAAGCGCAAGUUUGGCUAUGAGGUCAAUGAGAUUGCUUGGAACACCACGGGAGAGCUGUUUUUCCUGACAACAGGCAAUGGUACUGUGGAAGUCCUAGCUUACCCAACCUUACAAACACUGCACACCCUAGUUGCACACACCGCUGGUUGCUAUUGUAUAGCAAUCGAUCCGUCUGGAAAGUAUUUUGCGGUGGGAAGCGCGGAUGCCCUUGUAAGCCUUUGGGAGGUUUCUGAAAUGCUUUGUGCACGCACUUUCACCAAGCUAGAGUGGCCUGUUAGGACGAUCAGCUUCAACUAUGAUGGACAAUAUAUCGCCUCUGCCAGUGAAGAUCUUUUUAUAGAUAUUUCUGAGGUGGAAACUGGAAGAUCUGUCUACCAAAUUCCGUGUCGGGCAGCCAUGAACAGCGUUGAGUGGAAUCCGAAGUACAAUCUUCUUGCAUUUGCUGCUGACGAUAAGAACAAGUACCAAGCCGAUGAAGGUGUUUUCAGAGUAUUUGGAUUUGAGAACCAAUGAGCAAGUGCAGACACAUGUCAUCUGGGCUUGUGUCCAGAGAGACAGAUCAUGUACAUCAGUAUUGGCUUCUAGAGAGGUCUUGCAAGACUGCUCCAGCACAUCCUCAACCGUUCAUAUAACUAUCUGAAGUUUGCCAGACUAGCAGGCUUCUUCGUGAUAGUGACCGAGCUUGAAAGUCAUGAGAUCGUUCUGAUGACGUGACUGCUAUCGACUACGUAUCAACAGCAUCGGUCGAGGACUACGUGUAUAUGGACGCUGUCAUGGUCUACCUUUUUUUGAAAAGAUCAGCAUUCCCAUGUCCCGACUGGAUUGUGACUCGUGGAAGAUACUACUGUAGCUGGAUAUUGUAAAGUAUCAAAAUUAACUUUUCACGGAAGAUUUGUCUGGCUCACCUUUCAGCUGAAUAUGUCCCAAGGGUCAGAUAACGACGCUAUAGAGUUAUGUAUUCCUCAGUUUGAAUCAGUGAGGGUCUAGAGUCACAAUCGUUGUGUAUUUAGCGUCAAUAUGUUCAAUCCGUUCAGGGAGAUCUUACUUUAGUAUGUCGAGUCAGCGUUGAUCCUGUGUAAAUUCGAAGAUAUCUCAAUUUGCGAUGACUGAUACGCUGUAGUACCCAUGGUGAACACGACAAUAUCAUUAAUAAUACGAAC